UUUCAAUAUUUUUAUCUUAUAAAUUGCAUUGGUUAAUUUUAAUUUUAUAUGAUAAUCAUAGAAAAAAAAAUAUAGCCUAAAAUCAUAGUGUUUAUAUACGCGGGAAAUAUAAUUAUUAUGAAGAAAAGAAAAACAAGACGUCAACUUUUGGUAGAAAAAGAAGCUAUUGCAAAAAACUUAGUUGACAAAGCAAACUCUAUGAAAAAUCCUAUAGAACAUCUACAUUUCUUUCAUAAAUAUGUAACAAAAGAUAAUGAAAUUAUAGAACUUUCUUGUAUGAGAGCCAAAGAUGCAAAUUCUAAAUGUAUAUCUUGGAUAUUUGAUAUUAUGGAACGUAAUAUGAAAUCUUUAUAUGAACAAAGUAAUUGGGGUUGGGAUCCAAUUGCUAAGCAAAAAGAAUUAACAGAAUCAACAGCUUGGUAUUUAAUUGCAUCAUCUAAUGAUAAAUUUGUUGGAUUUUCUCAUUUUCGAUUUGAUGUUGAUUAUAGAGAAGAAGUAUUAUAUUGUUAUGAAAUACAAUUGGAAUCUACAAUACGAAGGAAAGGACUUGGCCAUUUUAUAAUGUUUGCACUUGAAUCUAUGGCAUCAGAAAAUAAAAUGCGUAAAGUAAUUUUAACUGUAUUUAAACAUAAUCCAUCUGCUAUGCAUUUUUUUUAUUCUCUUGGCUAUAAGAUAGAUAAAACCAGUCCACCAGCAUCAGAUCAAUUGGAUUAUAUUAUUUUGAGUAAGGCCGUUGAUAGUGGAACAAUGAGUAGAAAACAAAGUUCAUUUCAGUAACUCCAUGAUAUUAUUAAAUUCUAUGUCUAAGAUUGUGUCUUAUGUAAUAAAAUUGGUAAUAUUUGAUGUGGACAUAAGUUAACAAUAGGUGACUUUAAUGAAGGCCCUACAUUAUGGAAUGUCAAAGGAGCUUUACUAAUGAUCCAAUCAUCUAUAUAAUUAAGGAACUUUGUUAAAUCAACUUCUACAGAUUCAGAAACAUUAAAAUGACGAAAGUCGUAACGAAGCGGGGAAAAAUAUGGAUUUAAAUUAAAAGUUAAAGAAUUAUGUGGAUGCAUUGCAAUUAUAGGAUAUAAUAACUCUUCUGAUGUUAAAUGACCAUACAAUGAUAGUACUCCUGAUGGAUGAUUUGUUGGUGGUGUAGAAGAUGUACAAAAAGGCUUUCUUUUUUCAAGAAUAAACAUGAAUAAAUGAUUUGUUAAUAAA